AUUAAACCUUACCUUAUUUAUUCUGUGUGUUUAUUUAGUAUUAAAUUAUCGUAUAGAAUUUGUGUAAUUUGAUCCCAGAUUGAGAAAUUUUAGUUGGGAUUGCAAUGAGUUCUUGCUUCUGUAAGAAUUGCAAAAAGAAUACAGUGAUUCGAGAUGAUAUUACGGAUAAUUUGGUAUGUGAAACAUGUGGUCUUGUACAAUCUAUCGGUGAUAACCUUGUACAAUCUUUUGGUGGCUUAAGCGAUUUUGAUGGUACCUAUGUUCGUGUUGGUGACGAUUAUACUUACAAAGAGAAUAAAAUUCACAAUGCCAAAAAUGACAUCAAAGAGAUAACUGAUAGAUUUCAGUUUUCGUCUCGCAAAACGAUCGAGGUGGAACAGAUGAUUGAUGAAAUUACUGAGGGGGAAUUCGGCGCAGGCAGAUGGUUCAGUAUCCUUGUAGGUGCAUGCUCUUAUGUUGUAAGGAGACGGGACAACUUGCCUCUUUCGAUGAGAGAGGUUGCCUCAGUUAUAGCUUGUGAUUAUCAUGAGCUCGGACGAAUGGUUCUUCGUGUUGUUGAUUUUCUUGAUUUAAAAUUGCCCGAGUUUGAUAUUGUAGCAUUCUUUGAAUUUUCUCUGAAGCAUUCUCACAGUUUUGCGCAAGUUUCUGAGGAGAAGAAAGAUGAAAUGGUUAAACAGGGUACAUUUCUAGUUCAAUGUUUAGUCAAGUGGUUUGUGACAACUGGGAGACAGCCUAAUCCCAUUGUUGCUGCUAUUAUGGUGUUUGUUGCAGAAUUGAAUCAAGUCAAAGUUCAGAUUGAAGAUAUAGCAAAAGAAGUUCAUGCUGGGGUAAAUACGAGUAAGAGACGUCAUGGAGAGCUUCUGCAGAUUCUUGUUAAAGUUGGUCAACCCUUGCCUUGGGGUAAGAAUUUAACAGUUAAAAAUGUAGUAAAUAACGCACCUUCAAUACUUCGGUACAUGGAGCUGAAGUCUAGGGUAAAACCUAGUGAGAAGAGUAAGAACAUAAAAAACUUUAGAUCUGAAUUUGAAGAAAUUAUUUGUGGGUGUUUGAGUAAAGAAAUGGAAUUCACCGAAGAUGGUUCAUAUAUAGGGGAUGAUUUACAGUACUAUAAUGUUGAAGAUAGAAGUGUAACCUUAAGUGAGAGUGUUACUGAUUUGGACAAGCUCAAAAUCUCACAAGACUGCUUGUCCAAGAUCUAUACGAAGUUCUCGAAUGAUGGUACUUCUCCAGAAGCUAUGGCCGAGAAAGAAGAAGAACAUCCUAGAAAGAGGAGGAAAGAACUAGGUCUUCAAAGUGCUCAGGAUUGGUGGCGAGGAAAUUCUGAACUGAGCGAAAAGCUUUCACUUAGAGAAGUAUUGGAGAAGAAUGUAGGAUAUAAUAAUUUGCCUCCAUCUUUUGUUGCUAAUAAAAUAGCGUGUCAAAGACGGAGAGAGAAGAUAAAUGCUGCCAGGUUCCGGAUUGGUGAGACUAUGGGAAAACCUGCUUCCUCUGAGCUGAAAAAUGGAAAAGAGAUGCCUUAUGGAGCAAAAGGAGGUAAUAUGGAUUGGGAGGAUUGUAUAAUAGAGAUCCUCCUGCUUCAUCGAGUUAAAGAGGAGGAGAUCGAGAAAGGUCAUUAUAGUACACUGCUUGACCUGCAUGUUUUUGAUUCUGUCAAUGCUAGUAAGAUGUUCGCAAAUGCAAAACGACAACGCACAGAAGAUCUUGUCGCGAACCUAAUAAAUGGUGGAGGUUGACAGAUUCAGAUUGAAGCAAAAUGAGUGUACCGGUUCGAGUAGAGAUGUCCAUAGAACAUGAGGUUGACAGUGAGACUGGUGCUGGUAAACACGUUCCAAGCUUGAACCUGCAGUCGUCAAUGAAGAUAGAUCCGGGACUUAUGAACAAUUUCUCCGUCUUGAACAACUAAACCUGGCACAGAUAUGCUGCUAAUAACUUCGCAAGAAGACAUUAUACAGGUAUACAGUAAACUACCCUUAUUUCAAAUGGAAUUUUUUACCUUCCCUCUCCCCAGGUACUCAAUCUUGUUUACCUAAAAGGAGCUUUCUUCUGCUUGGAGUUGUUGCUCUGGUCACCACUGUAAAUAUGGAAUCAUACAACAGUGUACUCUCUCUACUCACUCACUCCUCGAACACAUGGAUGUUGCAGUGUUAUUGAAAUAUGAAGUAGUAUAUGAUAUUUGUCUUAGAUCCCUUUAUAUCGAGAGGCCAACAUACACAAAUUUGCACCAUUUAAUAUCUCAAGUCAUAUCAUCCUCGACUACUUCCUUGAGGUUCGAUUGAGCAUGGAUGUUACAGAUUUCCAGGCCAACCUUGUACCCUGCCUCAGGAACCCGAUCCAUUCUCUCAUUAUGUGCUCCUGUUAUCUUCACGGGAAAGACAUACCUUGAGCAGCCACCGAUUCCUGAUUUAAAAGUGCAAUGUGUACUUGCAAGCAUGAUAGUCAAUUGCGAUCAAAGGCAUGAAAAUGCAUGGCUUCCUGUUUGAUGUCCCCUGGUGCCGUCUUUCAAAGACCAAUAAUGCUGCUGUGGCGACUUACAAGGUUCAAGGCCAAACUUUAUUUUUUGCCUUUUGUGUUGCCAUACUGCCAUUUAAUGUCUUCUCUGAAGUAACUGGCUCGGUAGAUAAUUGAUCCCUUCAAUUUGUCAACCUACAAAGUGUCGACUCGGCGGCCACUAGAAUGCUUGCAUACGAUAGCAUACAUACUCAAGAUAAGGAAAGUCCCUAUACCGAGGAGCCAGAGUUGUAUCUGUUCUGUGACGAGGUAUUAAGUAUCAAGAAUUCCGUCAUCUUAUCCAAAAAGUUUCACCCUCAAUAAUGCGAUUAAGUUUUAUUGUUUUUAUGUUAUUGUCUGGAUAUAUGUUGGAUCCCAGACAUAGGUGAUGACUGGUGAACAGGAUUAUCAUUGCCUAGUAUGUUGUAUCAGCUUAAGUUUUUUAGUAUUGUCAUUGCUUUUUUUAGUUUGCCCGUUGCUGGAAAUUUUGUUGAAUAACGAAAUGGUCUUAGAAGUGGUUUUCCAUUGUGAUUGCUGGAGUCCGGAAACAGAUUGUGAGUUUUUUUGUGGGAGGCUAAUAACAUUUUCA